GUCAUCAAUUCAAAUGUCAUCAAAUCAGCUGUGUAUCACACACUGGGAAUAUGUAACGUAAAUAACAAAUGUGCGUAUUUAAAUUUACAGUGUAAAAAUGACCACUGAGAUAAUUGAUAAAAAGACUGCUCAAUGUUUAUGAUAAAUUUGUUGGUGAAGGAACAUGGCGCGCCGGAGAAGCAGCGGGAUUACAAGCCUGGGCUUUAACCAGGACCAAGGCUGCUUCACUUGCUGCUUAACAUCAGGCCUGCGCGUCUAUAAUGUUGACCCGCUGGUUGAGAAGGCGCAUUACAGCAAAGAAGAGCUCGGGGAAGUGACACUAUGUGAGAUGGUGUUCCGCUCCAAUUGGCUGCUGCUAGUGCGCGCGCGGCGGCCCUGCAGCCUCAUGCUCCUGGACGAUCAGCACCGCGCCUUCCGAGCUGAAGUGCUGUUCAAGUCGCCCAUACGCGCGCUGCGGGCCAGGAAAGACAAAGUAGCAGUAGUGUUAACAUCGUCGAUCCAAGUGCUGUCCCUACCGUCGCUAGCGCGCGUCGCGCUCCUGCGCACGCCGGCCAGCGCGCGGCCGCUGUGCGCGAUCGCGACCGACCCCAACGCGCUGCAACUGCUAGCUGCGCCUGCGCACCGAAAGGGCUCAUUACAGCUACUGGACGUAUCCCGGGCAGUGAAAGGCGCGGCGUCCAGCUCCCCAGCGGUAGUGGGCUGUCACCAGACCGACUUGGUCUGUAUCAGCCUCUCCGCGAACGGUGCUAAACUAGCCACCGCCUCAGAGCGAGGCACCAUCAUACGCUUAUGGGACACAUCUACCAAACACAUGCUGCACGAACUGAGGCGAGGAUCCGACUAUGCGGAUGUUUAUUGUAUAAACUUCAACUGGUCAGGCUCGCUGGUGUGCUGCGUGUCGGACAAGGGCACGCUGCACGUGUGGCUCGCGCGCGGCUCGUACGCGCACGUGUGCGCCGCGCCCGCCGCGCCGCCGCUGCGCGCGCUCUGCGCCUUCAGCGACGAGGCCAGCGCUGUCGUCAUAUGUGAAGAUGGAACUUUUCACAAAUUCACGUUUUCUGCCGAGGGAAACUGCCAUCGUAGCGAUUUUGAAUACUUCUUACAGGUAGGCGACGAUGACGAAUUUUUGCAUUAAUUGUU